UCUCCAACUACUGUUCUAAGCCUCGUAUACGAGGAACAUCUAUUCAUGUUCUUCUUUUAAGAGUCGAAGUUUACUUCAUCCGCAACGCUAUUUGGCUGCAUUCAAACAAAACACCUUUGAGGAAUUCUUGGCGACGUCGUCAGCAGAGGUCAAGCAGAAGCUGCCACAUCCUCGUUAAGAGUCCUACCCUUACUCGGAUGCUGCCACCUUUCCCUCCUCUUCCCUUCGCCUUUCCAUAAAUCCUCCGUUAGUCUUCUUCAAGUUGCCCACUCAACCUACCAGUGUAAGAAGUCUCAGGAGAUGGGUCAUUUCUGGACUUUCCUCACCUCCCUCAACUCCCUUGCAGGGCCGACGCUCAUGCUUCUGUACCCACUAUACGCCUCCGUUUGCGCGAUCGAGAGCCCUUCGAAGCUGGACGACGAGCAGUGGCUGGCGUACUGGAUCUUGUACUCCUUCCUUACUCUCACGGAGAUGGUGGCUGAGCCCAUCUUGUCUUGGAUUCCCGUGUGGCACCAAAUCAAGGUGGCUUUUGUGGCAUGGCUGGUGCUUCCACAGUUCAGGGGUGCAUCCUUCAUCUACGAGAGGUUUGUGAGGGAGCAGCUCAGGAAGCAUGGGGUUAAGCUGAUGGGAUCUCAUCCUUCUCCGAAGAAGGUAACGGUCCUCCACGAAUCUCCUUCUCCUUCCACUCAUGCCAUCAAAUCAUCUCACUGAUGGAUAUCUGCCACCGCACCACUGGAGAUGCAGAUGGAAGAGGAGGCGCACUGAAAGAGGCCGCAGGACUCAAAGUCUCGUUGUGUGAGAGCGAGAGAGAGA